AUGUCGCACUCAUCUGACUACGGUUUUCGCCUCAUAUCAGACGGUUUAAACCUUUUGGCUUCUAUGAAGCUGGUGGCACAAGCUGCUGGCGAACAGGGUAUUACACGCCGCAAGGUCUAUGCGUGGGCUUCGGAACAUAUAUCUGCAACCUUGUGGGGAACCAAGGUUCAUGUUUAUAGCCAUGGUCAUGCUCCGUCAGCUGAUGGUUUAUCGAACGAUGAAGCGACCUUUCUUUUAGGUGUUACUCGUGUCUCUUAUAUAAGAGAGAAUAGUGAAGGUCGAGACUCAAGCCAGCAUCGAUUGACUGUUCACGAUCUGAAGGGAUCAUGGACAGCGCAAAAUCGCGACGCAUGUCUUACAAUAGCUGAUGGAGUACAUCGAGCACAUAUGCUUCGUCGCAUUCUCAGCAAUGAUGCCUUGAAAAUAUUGAAGCUGCAUAUGGAAGAAGAGAGUAAUACUUUUGCUAAUAUGCAAAACAACGAAGGCGACAACACCUUACAAGAGCCAGGCACAGAUCUGCGAGGUCAUCGACGGGGUUACAGCAUGUCGGAUCAGAAUCAGUCGCUUCUUACACAAUUAAUAGGAGAAGCAAGUACCAAGCUUGUAGCACAUUGUGAACAAGCAGCGGAUCUUCCCACGGACUCGCUUCUAGGAGCCCUUCAGUGCAGUCUAGAUGACGUCCGCUUCAUCAAUUGGCAA